AUGUUCUUUAAGCGUGCGUUAGUCGCGCUGUUUGCGGCCUGGACCAUCUCUGCUGCUGCAAACCCUGUCGCGGAUCCCCUUCCUGAAGACACCCAUCUCCCCAAUCUUCGUCUGUCCCCUCGCGAGGUUCAAGAUUUGAAGGAAAACCAAAAGUUUCCCCCAGGCUACGUUCAUAAGAUGGUGACCUUUGGGACUGGCAAAGACACCACUACUAUUCCCAUCGUUGAAGCCGACCCCGAUAUGCUUCUCGAUGGCGAAAAGGGAAUUAAAGCGCGUUCCUUGGCACCACGAGGUACUUGCUUCAGUUUCCCUACGCCUUCAUCCGGGUGCAUGAUCGACUACUGCUGGAUUGAUAGCGGAGGGCAUACCUACUCAGCAGCAAUCACCAUCAGGGGCAGUAACGGGCAAUCCAAUCCCUCAUCUGUAACAAGCAAUGAUCCGGCCAAUCUUUCGCUCAACAAUGUAUGGAACGAUGGCUACAAUGGCUGGUUUCCGACUGGCCAUGAAUGUUCCAACUCGGAUACGCAGAUUUACACCGACCACCGCUGGUCUGCAGGCAUCCUAGGGACAGCUUAUAUCAACCGCCUCAGAUGUGAUAACUGCAACUUCGGGUUUCUUAGAUGCCCCUCAACUUUCCUCCAGAAUAACUUAAUUGCUUAUUCAAACGGCGUUGGGUCCCAGUCUUCCUGUGUUUCCUAGGAGAACUUAAUGGAGGUAUUCUGUUAUGGAAUCUGUUAUGGAAAAGCUGUUAUAAGAAGCUUGUAUAUAGGAAUGCCUAUAAAACGAUAGUGUUAUAUUUACUUCUAACUGCUCUUUACCUAGAGCCUCUUUUAGCCAC